AUGGUCCUGGGUUAAGAUAGUGAUGAAUCGAAAAAAUCAACUCAGGUAUUUUUGAAUUUUUCUUAUCUCCAUAUCUAUAAAUUUAAAUUAAAAUUCUUAACUGCUAUGGAUUCAAACACCUGCAAAAUUUGUUAAAAAUCAUAUGCCUUUGUCUAAUCACUUAGAAAACACAUGAAUGCUAAUCACUGGGAUGUAGUUGCAUAAAAGAAGCUCAACAUCUAGAAGGAUAAUACAGUCUCCUGUGACUACUGUACUUUGAAACUCAAAUCUAAGGACUCUUUACGGAAUCACAAACGAAGAUCACAUGUUGAGUCGUGUAAUGAUGAUGAGUUCACAACUCAUAUCAAAGAAUUCCUAAAACACCACCCAGAUGAAGAGGUUAAAUAUGAUUAAUUUUUUGUACCUGGUUCUAAAACUAACUCACCUAUGAAGGUGAACUCUAAGAUGCAACCUCCGAAGGUUGAUAAGAAAUUUCUAAGCAUGAAUAAGUAGAAUUACAAUGAACUUUUUAACAUUAACUCCCCAGUUGUUUAGUCAAAAAUACUGGACAGUUAAAUUCAAAUUGAGCAAAAUCAAACGAAGCCGAGUGUAUAUGAUAACUCACCUAGUGAAACAUCAAAUAUAUCUAAAAGCAGUGAUUAACUCUCAUCAAUUAGAGCAAUUUCAGAGUCAAAUGUGACAGGAACUGACGAUACUUAUACAGAUGUGGCAGUUCUACAAGAGUAGGAUCAAUUAAAUAAUAUGGAUUAGAAUCUCAUAAAUACCUAACUAGGGAUUGACUAGUUUAGAAGGAUUAUGUACACAUAAAUCACUAAGGAAAGUGAUUUAUUAUGGACCAUCAAUAACAAGAUUAUUCCCAAUAAUGAUAAUGAUAAUCCAACUCACCUAACUAGAAGCAACUCAUCUAUUGUUAAGAAUCCCUAACUCAAUAACUAUAAGUCUCAACCUGCUUACGGAGAAGCUACUUAAGGAGCAGUGAAAAAACUUAUCUCUAUAUUCCAAGAUAUUGGCUGUUCUAACAAUUGCAUCUUUGCAGAUAUCGGGUCAGGGUUUGGUAAAUUAGUUUUUGACUUUGCUUUAACUACACCUAUGGAAUGUCACGGCUAUGAAAUGGUGGAUGCUAGAUAUGAUCUUAGUGUUUAAAAACUUAAACAAUAUAGAGUCGAGUACACUAAUAACACUUUACUAUCGGAGUGCCUCAGUCGAGUUGAAUUCUACUUCAAGAAUUCUAAUGAACUAGCAUCAUUGACUACUCCUAGUAACAAACCAUAUUCACAUAUGUACACCUAUAACUACAGGUUCAAUGACGAUGAUAAUGAUCACCUUGUGAAGUUAAUUAAAAACUCUCCUUACCUGCAGGUAUUUGCUUGGAACAAAUCUGAACAUACUACCAUUAAAACAUUUGGACUCUAGGAAUUUCAACUUCAUAAGGAUUUCAAAGUGAAACUAGCCGGUGCUAAAGAAUCACAUAAGAUGUAUGUUUACAAGAGAAUAGAGUUGAACAUACCUGAAGCUACUAUAGUUAAAUCAACAUCUACUGCUAAAGUACCUCUAGUAAAUGAAAUUCAAUUUCAAGUUGAGCCUAUCUAGGAUUUGUAAAUUCCCGAUUUAUUUACAACUGAGGUGAGUUAGGAAACUUUGUUUCAAAAUCUUCUUAGAGACCUGCAGAUAAGUUCAUAACAAUAUUCAAUCGAGUCUCUUGAUAAACAUGGAUUGAAGUUAGACACUGCUAUAAAAAUACUUUAGUCAAUGAAAGCUACUAGAGAAUAAAAUUAGGCUACUAAAAGGGUAAUUAAUGAAUAAUCAUAAAUUGCUAAGAUCAAGAGUCACCUUGAGAUUGCUGAUGUGAUUAAAUUCCAAACUGUAGGUGCAUAAAAGACUUGGAUGAUUUUAAACCUUUACAAUAGCCAGUUGAGCACAUAUAAGUGGAAUUCAAAAGGAAUUACUCUUGAAACUUUUACUAGUAGAGUAGAAAAUCUAGCCAAGAUUAGUCAAGGAUGGUUUGAAGUCAAAUAAACGAGGGUCGGUAAAGCUAUAAAUAUACUUAGUAAAGCCAAGGGUAAUGAGAUAGCAGAUAUAGUUUCAAAAUCUGUAAUGGAAAGUAUCUAACCUGCUACAUCUUAGUCCAAACCUAGUAAUUAAAUUCUAGUUAUAGAUGAGUAAGUGAUUACUGAUAAAGUUGUUAACACUCUUGAAAUGGAGUAUCAAGUCAAUAGUCGUCUAGCAGAUGCGCUAAAGUCAAUGAUUUUAGAUUUAGAUGAUGCAGUGUUUAUAGAGUCUGAAGAUGAGUAGUAGUAGUAGCAAGAUGAUAUGUCAGAGUUGAGUGUAUUUAUCCAGGAUGAUUAGUUCAAUCGGUUGAGUUAACAGUACAGAAAAAAAAUAUAGGAAUCUUACCUUAGAAUGAACUAGUAGAAGAAGAGAGUUUAGAAGUAGAUGAGUAAAAACAAAAAUGCGUUCAGCAUCUGUACCAGUGUUAAGAAUGAAUACUUGAAGACUAUCUCUUAAAAUCUUAUGAGUUCUGGUAGGUUGAAGAUUAAACUCCUAUAGGAAUCAUUUUAAAGUGUCUAUAUCAAACCUUAGAAGGAGCUAUCAGCAGAUAUAUUUGGAGAGAGAUUCAAAUGCGAUUUUAUUCCAAUUGAAGGUGCUUUACCUAAAGUUAGUCAAUAUCUUCUAAGAAUUUCCCACUUGUCAUGCAAAAGAUUAGUUCAAUUACAGUAGUAUGAUACAAUCGAGUAAACCAACUAGAUGCUAGCAUAAUUUAAAAACGAUAGUAGAAUUCUGCCAUUUACAUAGUUAGAUACCAAAGCUGAAAAAAUCUUCACUAUCUAUGAGAGCUCUGGUAUGGAAUUCAAAGAAUUUUUGAAGGUUCAACAUCCAGUAGUUGCUGAUAAAGCAAAACUUAUUGUAAAUCUUAUAGAGUCCAUGAGUAAAGUUCACAAGAAGAAGAUUUACCACGGCAGUCUUAGCGACAAAGCUAUAAACAUCAUUGGAUAAAGCAAUCUUAAAAUACAUUCAUGGGGUACACCAGUAACAUUUGAUUCUAAAGAUCCUGCAUUUAAACUCAUUUAAGAUUUUGCUGCUCCAGAGUAAUUCCAUUCUGUAGUUUAUGAUAAACAACUUGCUGAUUGCUUCAGUGUAGGAGUAUUAUGCUACUAUAUAAUUCACAAUGAAUUUCCAUAUCCAGUCGAAGAGGUUAAUAGAUGGUUAAAAUAGGCACCUAAAAACAAAAAUCUGAAAGUAAUGCCAUGUAAAAAGCCACUUUGCAACGAGACUUUUGAACUCAUGAGGAGUCUACUUAAGAGAGAUUACACCAAGCGAUCACCAUUGGCCAAAGCUUUACAGCACCCCUAGUAUGUUAGCUUGGUAGAAUUCAUUAACAAAAAUAAUUGA